AUGAGUCUUGUAUGUCAGCAAUGUAAAGAACCUCUACAGCUAGAUGCAUCGAUUGUAGACUUGGCCCCAUCGGCAUUCGAUACUAUCGUUGCCUCUUUACCACCACCUGCUUCAACAUAUGGUCGCCGUGCGUCUGAAGCAGAGAAAUUAGACCAACUUCCUGCACCUUCUUCGGUUAAAAAUGUAUUGAAGAAGUCGUCAGCUACUUCUAGAACUUCGUUGUCUCCCAGAGCACAAGCGAAACAACCACAGCAACACCUUCCUCUACCCAAUGAGUCGUUUGUUCUUCUCCAGGACAGCAUAAUCCGAAACAUCCCCACAACACCACCCAACGUGCGUCAGGAAAAAGGAUCGAUCAAGGCAAAAACCUCUCCAAAGAACGAGUCGGACCCUAUUCAGCACACUCUAACACACCCCCCGCCUCUUUCCCAUCACCUUCGUUCGACUGCACGUCUCUUCAACUUAAUAUCUAACCGUACCGACAUCGAUCACCCUCUUUGUGCGGAAUGCACGCAGAUACUUCUCACCUCUCUACAACGUCAGCUGGAUGAGACAAAGAAGGAGCGGGAUGGCUAUCUUGCUUUUGAGAAAGAGGUGAAGAAGGAGCGGGAACGAGACUCUCAAGGAAUUUCCAGAGAAGAAGCCACAAAGAAAAUUGAAAAAUUGAAAUUGGAAGAACUCGCGGCUGUUGAACAACUAGUAGAGGCCGAAAGGGAGCGGCAAGCGUUAGACGAGGAACUUCGGGUUUUGGAACAAGAAGAGAAGAUGCUCGAAUUAGAAGAGGCCGAGUCCGCGAUCUCCCCUAUUCCCGCUUUCGAUUAUUCUGAUAUCCAUCGACUAUCUAGUUUCUGGCGCAAUCAUAAUGACAAUCUGCUGGCCACCGACCAUCAAUUAGCGCAGCUUGCAACUAUUCGGACAGCCUACACCGCCGAUUCGGCAACUUUGGAUAAACUCGAGCGUACUAACGUCUACAACGACGCGUUCUGCAUUGGACAUGACGGGGUUUUUGGUACAAUCAAUGGUCUACGGCUGGGUAGAGUUCCAGGUGUUCCCGUCGAGUGGGCCGAAAUCAAUGCAGCCUGGGGCCAAACUCUUCUUCUGCUCCAUACAAUCGCGCGGAAAUUGGAUUACAAGUUCGAGAAGUAG